CGCAUGCGCGGGAGGAAGAGUGUAUCAUUUUGAACUGUAUCAGCUGGCGCCAGGGUUCCAUAGAAGGAAGUGUUGCUGUAUCAGGGCUGGAGUUUACCUUCUAUUACCGGUAUUGGGGAAGGUUGAAGACCUGCCAAGAUGUCCAGAAUUGAGAAGAUGAGCAUUCAGGGUGUGAGGAGUUUUGGGAUAGAUGACAAAGAUAAACAAAUUAUCACCUUCAAUACUCCAUUAACUGUUCUGGUGGGACCAAAUGGCGCAGGAAAAACGACUAUAAUUGAGUGCUUAAAGUACAUUUGUACUGGUGACUUCCCUCCUGGAACCAAAGGGCAAACAUUUGUUCAUGACCCAAAGGUUGCCCAUGAAACUGAUGUGCGAGCGCAAAUCCGUCUACAGUUUCGAGACGUGAAUGGAGAAAUGGUGGCCGUACAGAGAUCGAUGCUUUGCACGCAGAAGGGCAAAAAGACUGAAUUCAAAACCUUGGAGGGCGUGAUCACACGGAUGAAGCAUGGAGAAAAGGUCAGCUUGAGUUCAAAAUGUGCAGAGAUGGAUCGUGAGAUGAUCAGUGCUUUGGGCGUCUCAAAAGCUGUGUUAAUUAAUGUUAUAUUCUGUCACCAAGAAGAUUCAAACUGGCCUCUGAGUGAAGGAAAGACUCUGAAGCAGAAAUUUGAUGAGAUUUUCUCAGCCACAAGGUACAUUAAAGCUCUAGAAAAGCUUCGUCAGGUCCGGCUGAAUCAGUCACAGAAGGUCCGAGAGUAUCAAACAGCGCUCAAGUACCUGAAGCAAAAUAAGGAGAAAGCCCAGGAAAUCCAACAUCAGCUGGCGGACAAAGAGAACCAGCUGGCUGCUUCGAAGGAGAACGUCCAAUCGAUUGAAAAUCAGAUAGCUCCCUUAGAGGAACGCUUGUCAGAAAUUGAAAAUAACUUGGCCAAGGUGAUGACGCUCGACGCUGACAUCAAAGCUCUUGAGAGCCGGAAAAGGCAAAUGGAAGAGGAUAAUCGAGAUCUGGAGGAGAAAAUGGAGCAGGUUUUCCAAGGGACAGAUCAGCAACUUCGAGACAAAUAUUACAAUCACCAGAGAACAGUGAGUGAAAAGGAGAGGCUGCUGAGUGAUCGUCAGCGUGAGCUUGAACGUAUCAAUCACCGGUUUCAGAAACUCAACAGACAGAAAUCAGAAAUGUUGAUUGAGCAAGGACGACUUCAGCUUGAAGCAGAUCGUCAGCAGGAAAACAUCAGGAAGCGAGACUCGCUGGUUCACUCUCUGGCCAUGCAUCUCAAAUUGGAUGGCUAUGAAAGAGCACCCUUUAGUGAUCGACAGUUUGAAAGUUUCCGUCGACAGCUGACUGCUAGGUUGGAGAGAGAGAAGGAAACAGCCAAUCAUCUGCUGAAUGAAUACACUGAUAAAGAAACAGCAAAACAAAAGCAGAUUGAUGAGAUCAGAGAUAAGAAGACAGGACUGGAGCGGACCAUCGAGCUGAAGCUGGACAUUCAAAGGAGGAGGCAAACUGAGCUGCUGAGUAUUAAACAGGACCUGCAGCAGCUGGAGGGCUCGUCUGACAAACUGCAGGAACUCGACCAGGAUCUGAAUAAAGCGGAGCGUGACCUCGAACGUUCUGUAAAAAGCAGUAACGUGGAAGCUUUGAAUAUGGAAGUGGCAAACUUGCGGAGAGAGAAAGAAGAUCUAGACAGGUCCUUGCGGAAACUGGAUCAGGAAAUGGAGACGAUAAACAUGCAUACCGCCACUCGAACUCAGAUGGAAAUGCUGCAAAAAGAUAAGGCUGACAAGGAGGAACAGAUCAGGAAGAUAAAAUCCCGACACAAUGAAGAAUUGACAGAGCUGUUGGGGUUUUUCCCUAACAAGAAGCAACUGGAUGACUGGCUUCAUGCAAAAGCUGGGGAGAUUAAUCUAUGCCGGGAUAAACUGUUUAAGCUGAAUAAGAACUUGGCUUCAGCAGACCAGAACAAAAAUCACAUAACUGCUGACCUGCGGACUAAAGAACAGCAGCUCACCACGUAUGAAGACAGGCUCUUCGAUAUAUGCGGAGAGCAGGAUUUCGAAAGUAAUCUGUAUAAACUUAAGGAUGAUAUUGAAAAGACAUCAAAACAAAGAGCCAUGCUGUCUGGAGCUACGGCCGUGUACAGCCAGUUCAUUAGCCAGCUGACGGAGGAGGGUGAGCCCUGCUGCCCGGUGUGCCAGCGCACCUUUCCGUCGGAGGCAGAGCUUCAGGACAUCAUCGAGGACCUGCAGUCAAAGCUUCGCCUCGUCCCCAACAAGUUGAAGUCGGCUGAGUCAGAGCUGAAGAAGAAAGAAGAGCGUCGUGACAUAAUGAUGGAACUCAGGCCGAUCAGGGAAACAGUCACUGAACUUAAAGAAAAAGAUUUGCCUGAGCUUCGAAAUAAACUGCAGAGCAUCAAUCGAGAUAUUCAGCACCUGAAAAGCGAUAUUGAGGAGGAGGAGACUCAGCUUGCUCGCUUCAUAUCUCAAGAAGGCUCAGCAAAGUCAUGUCUGCAAGACAUAUCGCACAUGGAGAGAUACCAGACAGACUUGAGAGAUGUCGAGCGCAAGAUUGCACAGCAAGCUGCCAAGCUCCAGGGCGUAAGCAUGAACCGUACAAUGCAGCAAGUCAAUCAAGAGAAGCAAGAAAUGCAGCUGCAAGUGGAGACAGUUUCCAGUAAAAUCGAGCUGAAGAGGAAGAUGAUUCAGGACCAGCAGGAGCAGAUACAGGACCUGAAGAGCAUUGUCAACGAGAUCCGAGCUGAGAAACUACAGAUCGCCAGCAACAUGCAGCACCGUCAACAGCUGGAGGAGCAGAGUGCAGAAUUUUUCACUGAGAUUCAAUCCCUACACAGGGAAAUACAAGAAUCUAGGGAACAGUUAUCUCCAAUAGCUACAACUCUGAAUAAACUACGGGAGGAAAAGCAAGAGCUGAUGGAGCGGAAAAGUACCAGCUACAAGGAGAUGCAGGAUAAGAUAAAUGAAGUCAAAGACAAAAUGAAAAAUAUUGAUGCUUAUGCAAGAGAAAUUGAAAGAUACAUCAAAGAAAGAAGAGAUGAGCAUAAAGAGCAAAAAGAGUCCGAGCUUCAGGACACUACAACUCAACUAAGUGAAGCUGAGAAACAGCGGGAGAAGAUGCACAAGGAAAUGGAGACCAUACGAAAGGACAUCGAUACACAGAAACUCGAAGAGCGAUGGUUGCAAGAUAAUUUGACGCUGCGAAAAAGGAUGGAAGAAUUGGAAAUUGUGGAGACCAAGAGGAGGGAGCGGCUGAAAGAGAUGGGAGAGAUGCGAGUAAAUCAGCUCAGGAGUGAACGACAACAACUGGAAGAGCGACUGGAUAAUUGCAAAAAGACUCGAAACCUGGCCCAGGGGCGACAGAAAGGCUUUGAAGAAGAAAUUCUUCACUUCAGAAAAGAACUGAGAGAUGAUCAGUACAGAGAUGCUGAGGAAAAGUUCAGAGAAAUGAUGAUCAUAAUGAGAACAACAGAAUUGGCUAACAAGGACCUAGAUAUUUAUUACAAGGCACUGGACCAAGCCAUCAUGAGAUUCCACAGCAUGAAGAUGGAAGAAAUUAACAAAAUUAUCCGGGACCUGUGGCGAAGCACUUAUCGAGGGCAAGACAUUGAAUACAUUGAGAUCCGUUCUGAUGCUGAUGAGAAUGUGUCUGCCAGCGACAAAAGAAGAAAUUACAAUUACCGUGUAGUCAUGGUGAAGGGUGAUACAGCUCUGGACAUGAGAGGAAGGUACAGUGCUGGACAGAAGGUCCUGGCCUCGCUCAUUAUCCGCUUGGCUCUGGCGGAGACCUUCUGUCUGAACUGCGGAAUUUUAGCUCUGGAUGAGCCAACCACAAACUUAGACCGGGAAAACAUUGAGUCACUGGCCCAUGCUUUGGUUGAGAUAAUAAAGAGCCGCUCAAACCAAAGCAACUUUCAGCUUCUGGUGAUCACACAUGAUGAGGAUUUUGUCGAGUUGCUGAGCCGUUCCCAAUACGUCGAACACUUUUACCGUAUCAGGAAGAACAUCGACCAAUGCUCAGAAAUCAUCAAGUGCCGUGUCAGCUCUUUGAACACCCAUGUUUAGUAAAAAUGUUAUGUCAUUAAUUAUAGUUUUCAGAGUAAGCUGCAGCGAGAACCAUUUUAUGAAUCAGAUACUAUUCUUUCUGGAUGAUUGUGAAAAUAGUCUUGUACUUUCUAUUUUGUUGUUGAUAUAUAAUUUGAGUUUUCUUUUUUGACAUGUAACAAUGUUGAACUGGUACAAAAAUAAAACCAACUUGCUUUUCUCAACCUUCACUCUCACAUCUGUGCAACAUUGAAGUCAAUCAUGGGUGUGAAUUUCAGGCGGAUUCAGAAAAGUACAAAUACAGUUUUUCCAUGAACUAUGUUUGAAAUAGUACACUCAGUGGCCACUUUAUUAGAUACACCUGCAGACCUCGUUAAUGUAAAUAUCUGAUCAGCCAGUCAUGUGGCAGUAACCCAGUGUCUAGAAGCAUGCAGACGUGGUCAAGAGGUUCAGUUGUUGUUCAGACCAAAAAUCAGAAUGGGCAAGAAAUAUGAUCUAAGUGAAUUUGACUGUGGAAUGAUUGUUGGUGCCAGAUGGGGUGGUUUGAGUAUCUCAGAAACUACUGAUCUCCUGGGAUUUUCAUGCACAACUGCAUUUACAGUGAAUGGGAGGGAACACAAAAAAAAAAUCCAGUGAGUGGCAGGUCUGUGGACAAAAAUAACUUGUAUUUAGAGAGGUCAAAGGAAAAUGGCCUGACUGGUUCAAGCUGACAGGAAGGCGACAUUAACCCAAAUAUCCAUGCACUUACAGCAGUGGUGUGCAGAGAGCAUCUCUGAAUGCACAACAGUGUGAACCUUGAAGUGGAUGGGCUACAGCAGCAGAAGACCAACCAGGUUCCACUCCUGUACCUAAUAAAGUGGCCACUGAGUAUAGAAAAGACAGGCACUUCUGCCCACCAGCCAUGAUGGGGAAAUUAAAUGAAUCCCAUCUGCCACCACACGAUCUGUAUCCCUUCCUACUCUGCCUGUCUAAGUGAUUCUUAAUUAUUACUGUCACCACCGACCACUCACUUCAUAUUCCAUGCACUUAACACUCUUUUUGUAAACACUUGCCUUGCACUCUCUUAUUAUUCCUCCCCCCCCCCCCAAGUUAAAGCUAUAUCCUCUAGUAUUUCAUAAACACAAGAGAUUCUGCAGGGGUUGGAAAUCUUGAGCAGCUUGCACUAAAUGCUGGAGGGAAAUCUUGAGCAGCUCGCACUAAAUGCUGGAGGGACUCAGAAGGUCAGGCAGCAUCUGUAAAGCGAAAUAAACUCUGAUGAAGGGUUUUGGCCCAAAACAUUGACUGUUUAUUUCUCUCCACAGAUGCUGCUGGACUUGCUGAGUUCCUCCUGCGUGUUGUGUCUGUUCCUCUAGUAUUUGACAUUUCCACCAUAGACAAACUAUCUGUGCUAUCAAUGCGUUUCACAUUACGUACCUCUAUCAGCUCUCUCUGCAGCCUCUGACGUUCCAGAGAAAGCGAUCCUAAUAUGUCCAGUUUAUACUCUCGAGUCCUGGAGAUGACUUGCUGAAGUUCUUCUGCACCUUCUCAAAAGCCGCCACAUCUUUGUAUAAAGCGGUGACUAGAACUACACACAAUGCUCUAAAUGUGACCUAAUCAAAGAUUUAUACAGUUGUGAUGUUACUUUUCCACUUUUAUACAGAAUGCCUUGACUGAUAAAGGCUAGUAUUGCUGUAUUCCUCCUUUAACACCUUACCUACUUGAGUUGCAUUUCCUGGGAACUAUGGGCUUGCACUCCAAGAUCCCUCUGUACAUCAAGGCUCCUAGGGGUCUUGUCAUUUACCAUAUAAUUUCCCUUUAUACAUUUGAUUUCGCAAAGGGGAAUAGUUUGCACUCAAUCUGCCAUUUCUCUGCCCAGAUCUUUAACUGAUCUAUAUCCUGUUAAAUCCUUUGACAACCAUCAUCACUAUCUACAACUCCACCGACUUUUGUGUCAUCUGAAAACUUCCUAACCAGCCCACUUUCUGUACCUUUUCAUCCAAACCACCACAAACAACAGGGGUCCCAGAAUUAAUCCCCGUAGGGCGGCACUUGUCACAAAUCCCAGUCAGAGGAACACCCGUUCACCAUUAUCCUCUGCCUUCCAUGGCCAAGAGAUAUCUAAAACAUGUGAUAAUUAGAGUGAAUGGGGAAGCUAUGUUGUAGUCCAGUAUUAGCCAUUUUCUCAGUGCAGGCAAGCUGAUAUGUGGCUGACUAUGCACUUUCCUCAAAUAAAGUUUCAUCUUUCUGAAUCUUUGUGAAUCUUGCUAGUUUAUUCUGCUCUCCAUUCCAGCCAGGCCCUUAUGGAAGUUCCAAGUUGUGCCUUGAUAUCACCUAAGAUUGGUGCAGCUUGAAUUCUUUUAACAAGCUUGCCCGCUGUCCAUCAGUCUCAGGAAGCAGAGAGCGAAAAGGGCAGUGGACAAACUUGAUAAACUCUGAAAUUGGCUGUUAGUGACUUGACACGCUAUACACACUCUUAAAUGUACCAUGAACUAAGUACUGAACUUUGAAAGCUAUCUUUAGCGCAAUUAUUGGCCCAACUACAACUGAAAGGAACUUCUUCUCGAACCAAAUACAGCAUCUCAAGCCUAAAAACUUAGUUCAGAAAACUUGGUAAAGUUGGGACUGCAAUAAAAUUGGAAGAUGUUAUUACUUUGCUUUGUAAACUUUUUUUUGAAUCAGAAUUAUGUUUUAUUAUCAUUGACUUAUACAAUGUGAAGUUUGUUUUACA